AAAAAAAAUCAAUGGAAUCAAAAGGUAGUAGUAGUAGUAGUAGUAGUAUAAGCAUGAAGUCAUUAGAGAGAGUGGUUUCAGAUAAAGCAUUCAAGCUUGGAAACUCAUUUCCAUGUCAAAUCUGUGUGGUUGGGUUUCUCUGUGGAAUCUGUCUCACUUCUCUCUUCUUAGCUGCUCUCACUUCCAUUGGCACCUUCGAGCUCGCCGCCUUCUCCUUCUCCUCUCUUUCUCCUCCUUGUAAUUCCACUUCUCAAAUCAUCAAUGCACACGUGGACAGGAAAUUGAAAUGGAAGAACAAAGCUGAGUUAGAAGAAGAAAAUGAUGAUGAUCAGGUCAAACUUUUGGUCUCUGCUUGGGACAACUUAUUACUAAACAAUGAAGACUACUUCAAGAAACAAGGGAUGAACAAAUCUGAUGUCCCAAACGCUCCACAUUUGGAGAACUGUGAAGAGAGGUCACGAGCUAGAGAGCACUUGGAUACACGAAUAUCAAACCAUACAUUUCCUUCUUGGAUUAGUGGAGGAGAUGAAGAUAACUAUCCAUUAACAAGGAGAGUGCAAAGAGAGAUAUGGUAUCAUCAGCAUCCUUUAAACUGUGAAGACAAGAGUCUCAAGUUCCUUGUAGCUGACUGGGAAACGCUUCCUGGUUUCGGUAUUGGAGCUCAGAUCGCUGGAAUGACUGGUCUUCUCGCAAUAGCUAUAAACGAAAACAGAGUUCUUGUUUCAAAUUACUAUAACCGAGCUGAUCAUGAUGGUUGCAAAGGUUCUUCUAGAGGAAGCUGGUCUUGCUAUUUCCUACCGGAGACAUCAAAAGAGUGUAGGAAACGUGCGUUGGAAGUAAUGAAGAAGAGAGAAGCGUGGGAGAGUGGGAUUGUUACAGGGAAACAAAACUACAGCACCAAGGAGAUUUGGUCUGGACAUAUACCAACGAUAUGGGGUAAGCCUUGGAGUUACAUGAAGCCAACUACAGAGAUCAACGGAACGUUGAUCUCAAGUCACAGGAAAAUGGACAGGAGAUGGUGGAGAGCACAGGCUGUGAGAUACUUGAUGAGGUUUCAAACGGAAUACACUUGCGGUUUAAUGAACGUUGCUAGACAUUCUGCGUUUGGAAGAGAAGCUGCUGAGAUUGUUCUCUCCGCAGGAGGUUGGAGAAACAAGAAAGAGAUUAGGUCGGAGAUGGAGGAAGACGUGUGGUUCAAUCACAAGCCAUGGAUUCCAAGGCCAAUGCUGAGCGUGCAUGUGCGUAUGGGAGACAAAGCUUGUGAGAUGAGAGUUGCAGCUUUAGAAGAGUACAUGCGUUUAGCUGAUAGGAUCAGAGAACGGUUUCCGGAGCUUAACAGGAUCUGGCUCUCUACAGAGAUGAAGGAAGUUGUGGAGAGAAGUAAAGAGUAUGGUCAGUGGAGAUUCUAUUACACGGAAGUGGCGAGACAAGUUGGUAAUAACUCGAUGGCUGAGUAUGAAGCUAGCCUCGGCAGAGAGAUGAGCACGAACUAUCCUCUUGUUAACUUCUUGAUGGCAUCAGAAGCUGACUUCUUCGUCGGAGCUUUAGGCUCUACUUGGUGCUUCCUCAUCGAUGGUAUGAGGAAUACCGGUGGUAAAGUCAUGUCCGGUUAUCUCAGUGUCAAUAAAGACCGGUUCUGGUAGCUU